AUGGCCUCCUUUCAAGACUACGAGCUGUGUCUCCAGUUCCUCGAAACCGUUCCUGAAGACAUGCAAGUGCCACAGCGUUCAGCUGCCAGACCCAUAUUAGAGAAGGCUUCUUUGGCCUACCACGAUAGUGACGAUGAAGUGCUGCUGCAAGCGCUGAAUUUCAGAGUUCAUGAUUCCUCCGACCACGAGUACGGAUCUCCCAAGGACUCCAUCUUUUCCGCCUGCUCUUCGCCAGAAAUGCCUUCCUUGAGCUUGAAGGAUGAAGAUGAUCUUGAGAUCUUCUUGGAUGAGCUUGAUGAGGUUGAGAUCCAGGAGAUUACGAACGUGGUGACAUAUAGCCAUGGGCGCUCUCCCACCAUCAAGGAGUUUCUGUCAUAG